AUGAAUCGCACAUCUCCGAUCACCCUCGAUUAUACUCUCCACGAUCUCUACGCAGCUGAUUCGGAAGAUGGCCUGAACGGAGUCCUCGUCUACUACUCUAUACAGUUACAGCACAAUAAUGAGGGUACAUCGACCAAGUUUGCCUACGUGUACAAAGUGGAAGAACAGGGUGAAGACGCCACGUCGUCCUUGACGAUGGCCGCCAACUUGGUACCACAACGAUACGCGUUCUCCGCCGGCAGGAUGCCUCUGGUUAUUCUGGACGUUAUUGCACAAAGAAAGUUGAACAGUGCAAGUCAAGGGGAUCCUCGAGCGGCUGAUUCUGUGCUCGCACAUCGUCUUAAUAUCUACCAAACAUUCUCCCAGUUACAGCCGGACCAGCGGCCAAUGAUCGCCGUUCCACGGCCUACCGACUGCCUAUCGCAUUUACCACACCUUACUUGUCCAGAGACUCACUAUGAGAUCCUGUCAAAACGUGGGCUGGCUGUGUCCGGAUUACCAACGCCGCCGUCUCGAGUGAUGGACACCAUUCUUGUCGACUAUGAGGAUUAUAGUCUACUUGCCAUAGAGUCUGCCCGGAUGACUAGGUUAAUCGAGGAACAUCAGGUCCCGUUCAUGGUCAAACUCCCCCAGUCAAUUUCAGGGAUGGGAACCUUUGCCGUGACCUCCGAAACCAACCGAACGCGGAUAAAAGCUAUGCUCACAACCCAGUUAGUAUUCAUGCUACGACAACUCAACCAAACAAACCGACAUCUUCAUCCCUGCUCGAUAGUCUUGCAAGACUUUGUUGACGGACCUGUGGUGGCUCUGUCAUUGUUCGUCACGAAGACCGUUCAACCAAUAUACAUUGCCUGCUGCGAGCAAUUGUUCGAUAACCACUCACAUUGGAUUGGUGGGAGUAUCUCGUACCGGCAGCAGGCAGGGUUUCGAAAGACGUUUUCCGCGCUCAUGGGCAAAGUGGCUGCGUUCUUGCACCACAAAGGUUAUCAUGGCCCGGCGGGAGUAGAUAUUGUCACCGAUCAACACAGCGGGGAGCAGUUGGCUAUUGAUCUGAAUGUUCGGGUUACUGGUGCUUUUCAUCUAGGGCCACUCAUGGGGCAUUUCACUCGGCGUGGGCUGUUAGAGGCUGCCAUGACUAGCGGGGAACUCUUAUGUACGCGAGAUGUGUUUGAGGAAAUUUUUUCGGAGGAAAUUCGGCAAGGGAGUUUGAUUAUUAGUGGUUGGGUACAUAACGAGUCACAAUCAAAAAGUCAUGCUGCGAUUACUGUUGGAGCUAGGGAUUAUGAUAGUUUGCAGGAGUACCUUCAGCGGGUUAGAACUGUCGGUCUACAGAAUUAG